AUGUCCUCUGCCACCCCACCUUACGAAGUCACUCUCGAAAACGUUGCUCACGUCCUCCAGCAUGACACCCGAGUCAAGCUGGCCGGUGUCGACGUCGAUGGCAUGCUCCGCGGCAAGCUCGUCUCCAAGAAGAAGUUCCUCUCCAUCGUAGCUGAUGGAUUUGGCUUCUGCUCCGUCAUCUUUGGCUGGGACAUGCAUGAUCGCACAUACUUCAAAGAAUUGACCAUCAGUAACAAGGAGAACGGGUACCGCGAUCUCGUGGCAGUUCCGGAUCUGAGCAGUUUCCGUCGCAUUCCAUGGGAGAACAAUGUGCCAUUCUUCCUAGUCAGCUUUCUGGAUCCCGAUACGAGUGAGCCGGUCUGUGCUUGUCCGCGGGGAUUAUUAAAGUCCGCCCUGGGGAAGGCGGAGGCCGCGGGGUAUCGUGCCAUGGCGGGGGCGGAAUAUGAGUUCUAUCAGUUCCGCGCACCAGGAACACACUCCAACCCUGAGCGCAAUGCGUCGGCCACGGCCACCUUUCUCAAGGAGAACCCUGUCGAGUCCCUUCCCCCGCUGACGGAAGGCAUGUUCGGGUACAGUCUGACCCGUCCCAUCCACAACCAAGACUACUAUUAUGGGGUAUUCGACGCGUGCGAGCAGUUCAAUUGUGAAAUCGAGGGUUGGCAUACGGAGAGCGGUCCCGGUGUAUAUGAGGCGGCACUACAGUUCGGAGAGGCCAAAGAGAUGGCCGACAAAGCUGGUCUUUUCAAAUACGUCGUCAAGUCGAUUGGCACCAAACACGGCAUCACACCAACCUUUAUGGCCAAGCCACGCGAGGGAUUACCCGGUAAUAGCGGACACAUGCACAUCUCACUGGUCUCGAGCGAUGGGAAGAAUGCGUUCAUCCGCGACACGCCCGACCCGAACCCGCCAUAUCCCGAUGUGGCUUAUCUCUCCGACCUAGGGCGACAUUUCCUUGCCGGGGUCCUUACUGGUCUUCCUGAUAUUAUGCCCAUGUUCGCACCCACCGUGAACUCUUACAAGCGACUGGUGGAGAACUUUUGGGCACCCGUUACGGUAUCCUGGGGACUGGAGCAUCGGGCGGCCUCAAUCCGGCUUAUCACCCCACCUACCGCGAGCGCAAAGGCAACCCGGCUGGAGGUGCGUGUACCCGGGGCUGAUGCAAACCCGCAUUUUGUUCUAGCAGCAGUUGUCGCGUUGGGGUGGCGGGGUGUGGAGAAGAAGCUGGAGAUUCCGGUUCCGCCCCUGUCCAAAGGCGAGGACAUGGGCGGGGCAAGCGAUAAGGGGGUCCGAUUAGCCAAGUCGCUGCGGGAAGCCACGACGGCGUUCAUGCGCAAAGACAGUGUCGCACGGGAGGUCUUUGGCGAUGCAUUUGUGGAGCAUUUUGGGGGCACGCGGGAGCAUGAAGUGCGCUUGUGGGAGGAGGCCGUCACGGAUUGGUGA